AAGGGCAAAAUGUCUGAACAGAUGAAGUAUUGCAGUCAGAUAUUGAAGGAGUUGUUCGCCAAAAAGCAUGCGGGCUAUGCCUGGCCUUUCUAUAAGCCCGUCGACGCAGAGCUCCUACAACUCCAUGACUACCACGAGAUUAUCAAAAACCCUAUGGAUUUGGGAACCGUUGAAGUAAAGAUGGAGAACAGACAGUACCGAAAGCCCGAAGAGUUUGCAUCUGAUGUGCGCUUAAUAUUUACCAAUUGUUACAAAUAUAACCCUCCGGAUCAUGAAGUGCCCGGAAUGGCCAGAAAACUACAGAACGUGUUUGAAAUGAAGUUCGCUUCGAUGCCGUCUGAGCCGCCGCACGGAGUUUCGCUUACAGACCAUACGGACAGCUCCGGCAGCAGUUCCAGCGGUAGUUCCACUCCCACCUCAUCCAGCAGUGAGAGUGAGAGCGAAAACGAGAAUAAGAUAAGGCUAUUGAAGAGGUUGAAGGAAGUGACGGAACAGAUCUCAAUGUUAGCACAAGAAGGCGGCAAAAAGAAGGCUAAAAUGAGGAAAAGAAAAACUCAAAGCACUUCCAAGAAGGAGAAGGAAGAGUCCUCGAAGUCGGACAUUAAGAAAGAGAAGGAAGACAUAGUGGACGGCACGUCGGCCUCACUAAUGGCCGGCGGAAGCAAUAUAUCACUUAUCGGUAAGGCGUCGAAGGCCUCUAAAGCCAUGUCCGGCGCCUCAAAGGCCCAAAACUCUGCUCACAAGUCGAGUGCCGCGACCGCACCCGCGAAGAGACAGAGAACUAAUAGUAAAGCUAACAAAAAGAACGCGAAAGUAAUGCCAGUGUUUGACAGCGAAGACGAAGACAACGCCAAACCCAUGUCUUAUGACGAGAAACGACAGCUCAGUCUUGACAUCAAUAAACUGCCGGGUGAUAAAUUACAAAAUGUAAUUAUUAUAAUCCAAUCUCGAGAUCCAGACUCUAUUCGGACAAAUCCCGGUCAAAUAGAGAUAGAUUUUGAAACAUUAAAGCCGUCAACACUGCGAGAGUUGGAGAGAUAUGUGGCGACCUGUUUGCGGAAGAAACCCCGAAAGCCUUACAACACGAAGAACAAGCAGGCGUUGGCUUUGGCAGCCGCUGCCAAGACUAAGGAGGAACAGGAGAAGAAGAAACAGGAACUCGAGAAGAGACUGCAGGACGUGAGCGGACAGUUGGGAGCGGCAAUAUUAAGUUCCCGUCAGAGCCCACUACUGUCUAUGAGAUAUCGUUAA